AGCCCAGCUAGAUCCUCAUAGGCGACUGAUGUCGUGGUGAUGCAAGGACUUUCCAUUAUUUAUUUGUUUAUCUUUUUUGUGAGUAAAAGACACACGCUUUUGCAAACCCCAUGUGAGAUGCCUUACCCUUCCAACCUUUCCACAAUCCACAUACACAUCACAAAAUUGUGAGACUUGCCCACCUCUUCCCAUUCCCAAUCAUAUACCUGGCUCCUUCAGGUUUUCUCUUUUUUAUCACUCAACAGUUUCUGUUCUGUCUCCCCGGCUCUGGGUUUUCAAAUUUUGAAACUCUUCUCUGUGGUUUCUACCAAUUUUUGGUUCUGGGUUGUUUGAAUUUUUGGCAUUGAAAGGUAUUUUUUUAUUGUUUUUUUAAGGCUGGGAAAGAUACUGGGUUCUACGGUGAAGUGUGUUUGAGGAACAGUUUUUUGGUGAAGGGUUUUGCAAUGGCAUCCAUGCCUUGGUUUUAGAAUGUGAAAUUUCGUGUAAAAGGUGAAGGAAAGAGAUGGGAUUUUUGACCUUUUAGAAGGAGGGAUCGUUUUUGGCUGGUGAUGUUUUCUGGAAGAAAAAAAGAAGAUUAUUUUUUAGUGAUUUUCCUGGGAGUUGAUGUUUUGAAUUUUGUUGUUUUGUAGUUUUCACUUUCACAGAGAGGGAAGGGAUUUUUCAAAAGUGUUUUAUGAUUUAAGGUUGAUAUUGUCCUUGAAAGAUCAUUGUUGAAAUUUGCUGUUUUCAGUCCUGGGGAUGUGAAAUUUUCAGGCAGAGAUGGCAUCGUUCAGUGGUUUGGGUAUUUGUUUGAGUUUAGUCUUUGGGUGCCUCCUUUUAGCACUUGUUGCAGAACUUUACUACCUUCUAUGGUGGAAGAAGAGAAUCACCAACAGAGAGAUUGAAUAUGAUUACAGCAACUGUGCGAAAGAGCUUUUCUAUAUCUUCUGUUGGAAGAGACCCGCUCCUCUUAGCAGUAGCAGCACUCAACAGCUCAGUGUGAGAGACCCAGUUCCCAAUGGUCAUGAUGAGCAAGACCCUGAGCUGGGCUCCGGCAAGGACUUGCUGUUGAAGGCAUUUGGGGAAGAAGGUGUGGAGUCAGAGCUCAUGAGGCUUCACAAUCUUGCAGGCCCACCGAGAUUUCUCUUCACAAUCAAAGAGGAAACAAAGGAGGAUUUGGAGUCAGAUGAUGGGAAAUCUAAAGGUGAUAGAAGCAGAACAGCGUCAAGGACGAGGAGUCUGAGUGAUGUUCUGGUUGCUAUUGACACCCCAUUUCUCACCCCUCUGGCCUCUCCACCCUUGAAGUCUCCCACUUUCAACCCCUUCGAUUGUUAUAGCCAGCACGGAUUCAACCCUCUCUUUGAAUCAUCUGCAGAAUCAGAGCUGAACAGGUUGAGAUCUUCACCCCCACCGAAGUUCAAAUUCUUGAGGGAUGCGGAGGAGAAGCUGUACAGAAGGUUGAUGGAAGAAGCUGAGAAAAGUGGGAUUAAAAAUGGAGGGUUUGUUCAGGAUUCUGGGGUUAAAGCUCCUAUGAAUGUUAUUUCAUCAAUGACCCCAGAAGAGAGAGAUGGGUCUUUUAUUAGAAUCAUUGUUGGAAAGAACAAAGAAAGAGAGCUUCAUCAAGAAAGAGAGCUUCAUCACCAUCUACCUCAGUAUCAUUCAACACCUUCACAGGUACUUCCACUGGAUUCGUCCCCUUCAACAUUCAGACCAUUUGACAAGGAACCCAGUGGGCAUUAGAUGAUUUCCAUGAAUUGUCCUCAAAUGAGUACUUUCUUCAUUUCACAAGGAAUCCAGUGUGCAUCAGAUGAUCUCCCUGAAUUAUCAUGAAAUGGGGUUCCUUAAUUCAUUUUUUCUUUCUCCUCUUCUGUUUAAUACAUUAUUAAGAUGAUUACAUCUCUGUAUUCAUUCUAAAGCAUUUCUGUUGAAUGUUUGGUGGUUUGGUGGA